AUGGAGCGGCUGGAGAAGAACAAGGAGAGCCUGCAGCUGCCGGAGUCCCUUCAAAACGAGAUCCAAAGAAAGGAUGAAGAUAAAGAAGGACAAUUCAACGAUGGCAAGCCCAAGAUGGCCAGGCGGCGACCGGGGCUGCCGCGCAAAGAGCAGCGGAAGAAGGAAAGGGAGGCCCAGAAGCGCCAGCGCAUCGAACUCCACGAGCGCAAGGUCACCAUGAAGAAGGAGGCGCAGCUCAAGCGGGACGAUACCAGCAAUAGCAACGCCAACAAGAAGCGCAAGCGCGACGAUUCGUCGGCGCGUGAAGCUCCUGCGGCGAACCGGCAGAGCCCGAGUGCCAAGAAGCAAAAGUCCAAUGGCGGCGACAAGCAGGCCCAGCCGAGCAGCAAGAAGAAGACGCCGCAGAGGGAACCGAAGGCGAAGGUCAAGGAAGCGGCGACGCAGAAGAAGAAGGAGGUGACGAAGAAGAAGAAGGAGGCGGAGGUGUUGCCCUUCACGAUGAAGCGUGACCAGGAGGAUGAGGAUCUGGCCUAUCUCGAGGCCAAGCUGGGUCUCACCAAGAGCGGCGCCAAGAAGCGUCUCGUAAGCGAACUUGCCGACGAUGGACUGGGCGAGCUGCUGGAGGGCCUUUCCGAUAUGGACUCUGACGAUUUCAGCGAGGACGACAUGGCCAUGUACAGGGACAAGGACAUGGACGCCAGUGGCGACGACGACGAUGUUGAUGACGAGGACGAAGAUGAAGAAGAUGAAAACGAGGACGGCAUUGAAGAUGAUGAGGAUGAUGAUAUUGAAGAGGACGGCGAUGAGGGUGAUGAUAAUGUUGAUGAAGACGGCCAAGGUGAAGAGGAAGAGGAGGAGGCCGAGGAGCUUGAUGAGGAGAUCGACGAGCUGCAGGCCAAGCUCGAAGCGCUCAAGCAAAAGAAGGCCCAGCAGGCCGAGGAAAAAAAGAAGCUCGAGAAGCAGGUGGCCCAGCAGGACGGUAAGAAGCAGAAGGAAAAGGUCAAGGAAAAUGGUCAGAAUGCUGACAUCACCACUGCCAAGACCGACGUCCAGCCCGCCACAGCUGCGGGCAAGUAUGUGCCGCCGUCAAUGCGCCAAUCGAGCGAGGAGGAACGACUCAACCGGCAGGUGCGCGGUCUGCUCAACCGAUUGACCCAGUCCAACCUCCACUCCGUCGGGACGCAGCUCCUCACCAUCUACGACGACAACUCUGACAUUCUGGUGAACGAGGCGCUGUGUGCGACUCUGUUGAGCGACCUGGAGGGAAUGCGGAAGGGCAGCUCGGCGUUUGUGCUCACCUACGCCGGCCUCGUGCUCUUCUUGCACGCCCAGCUCGGCACACAGAUCGGUGGUUUCGUGGUGGAACGCGUUGCCAAGGCCUUCGAGGAGAGCCACGAGGACAGCAACUCCGAGGCUUGCUCCAACCACGUGCUAAUGCUGUGCCACCUGUGCGGCUUCGGCGUGGUGAGCGUGGGCCUCAUUUUCGAUUUAAUGAAGCGCCUCCUCGACUCCUUCACUCCGCUCGACAUCGAACUCCUCCUCGCCAUUCUCACUCACUGUGGGUCGCAGCUGCGACAUGAUGAUCCGGCGGCGCUGAAGGAGGUGAUCAUGAAGGUGCAGACGAACGCUCUCCAGCUGAAGACCGCCGACGCCGGGGACGCCGACAAGGACGCGUCGAGCGGCUCGGCCAAGGCGGCCAAGACCACGACCGCAACGGCCGCCCAGAACAAGAGCCUCGAGGGCCUCCCGCCUCGCGUGCGCUUCAUGCUCGAGACCAUCUACGACCUCAAGAACAACAAAACCAACCAGAUGAAGACGAUGGUGAAGAAGCUUCUCAAGGGCAAGAACGAGGGCCAGGAGCUGCGUACGACGUGGAACGCGCUCCUCACUGGCAAGGGCCGCUGGUGGCUCGUCGGCUCGGCCUUUGCCGAGGUCCACUUUGACAAGCGGCCCAUGAAGGGCGGCAGCAGCAGCGCCGGCGAUGGCGACGGCGACGAGGUCGACGAGGCGCUCGAGGGCUACGACAGCGAGAUCGUGAAGCUGGCGAGCCAGCAGCGCAUGACGACGCCCGUCAAGAAGGCCGUCUUCUGCAUCCUCAUGUCGUCGGAGGACUACCUCGACGCCUUCGAGAAGCUUCUCCGCCUCAACCUCAAGAACAAGCAGGACCGCGAGAUCAUCCACGUUCUCGAGAGGGUGUUUAAUCCGUUCUACGCGCAUCUGGCGGCCAAGCUGUGCUCGUUCGACUACAACUACAAGUUCACCCUCCAGUACGCGUUCUGGGACAAGUUCAAGCAGCUGCCCAGCCUCCCCGUCCGCACCAUCUCCAACCUCGGCAUCCUCCUCGCCCACCUCAUCGCCAACUUCUCCCUCUCCCUCUCCGUUCUCAAGGCGGUGGAGUUCUCGGAGCAGAUGGAGGCGCAUACGACGCUGUUCCUGACGUUGGUGGUGAAGACGCUGCUGACGCAGUUCGGGGAGGAGGUGACGACGAAGCUGUUCGAGCGCAUCACCGGCACCAAGGAGCUGUUCACCUUCCGCGAGCAGCUGCUCCUCUUCCUCCAGACCCUCUACGCGCGCGAGAAGAAGAAGAAGGACGCCAGCCCCGAGAGCCGCCAGGAGUGGCCGCUGCUGGCCGAGCGGCUCAAGGCCGCCAAGCAGCUCUUGAAACGCAGCACUGACAUUCUUUUCGAAUAA